AUUUAAGUUGCUUGCUAUCAGUGCAUGCCCAAUAGAACAGGCUGUGACUUCAGUUUCAGAAAGACUUGCUAUUGCAGAACUCGUUACUACUGUCAGUGUAAACUUGGAACUGAGUGUGAAGUCAGCAUUGCUAAAGCAGUCACCCAUGUUACUUGGGAAGAAGACAUCGAAGAACCUUGGAAAGUAAUGGUUGUGGACGCUGGCAUAAAACUCACUUCAAUGACGGCAAUCUUGUUUGAAAAUAUAGGUCUUAUGAAAUAUGAAGAACUAUUCCUUAUGUUAAUAACACUGGACUAUACAGAACCAAUAUCUGAUGAAAAUGUUACAGUGACUGACACGGCGUUUGGUGGCAUUUCAGUCCGUUUGUACUUGCCAAAGAGGAAGUCAGAAGGACAGAGACCAGCUGUAAUUUUUGUUCAUGGUGGUGCCUUUGUCUUAGGAAGUUGUAAGCAGACGGCUUACGACUCCUUGAAUAGAUGGACGGCAAACAAACUUGGUGCUGUAGUUGUUGGAGUGGACUACAGAUUACCCCCUCGGCAUCAAUUCCCGGUUUCCCUUGAAGAUGUGGUUUCUGUGGUCAAGUUCUUUCUGAAAGACAAGAUGGUCAUACAAUAUGGAGUGGACCCCACUCGAGUGUGCAUAACGGGAGAUAGUUCUGGGGGUUCGCUAGCAGCGGAAGCAACUCAACUGCUACAAAAUGAUCCAGACUUCAAAAUUAAAAUUAAGGCACAAGCUUUAAUUUACCCGUUCUUACAAGUAUUUGAUACUUUAACACCCUCUCACCAAGACUAUGAACAGGGUCCAAUUCUGUCAAGGGAUUUGGCAAUUAGAUUGGCACACCUAUAUUUGACCAACGAUAAAGCACUGCUUCAGGCAAUAAGCAUAAACCAACACAUGCCUCAGGAAUCGAGACAUCUGUUCAAGUAUGUCAACUGGAGUAUUCUUCUUCCUGCUAAGUUUAAAAAAAAUCAUGUUUAUACUGAACCAAUUUUUCGAAGACUGAACCCUCCUUAUCCAGAACUUAUGGAUAGUAGAGUAUCACCCUUGAUAGCCAAUGAUUCUGAGUUGCGAAAUUUGCCAUUAACAUAUAUUGCCACCUGUGAAUAUGAUAUCCUUAGAGAUGAUGGACUUCUGUACGUCACACGGCUCCGGAAUCUUGGAGUUCAAGUUACUCAUGACCACUUGGAGGAUGGAUUCCAUGGGGCUCUAUCACUUAUGGCAUCACCACUUUAUUUACGUCUUGGGAUGAAAAUAAAAGAUAAAUAUAUUCGUUGGUUAGAGGAAAAUCUGUAAACAUGUAAAUUGUAUAUUUAGCUGUCUGAUCAUUUCAAUUGGUAGUAUAAUCCAAGGGUUCUCAUUUGAAUUAUUGUGAGUUUAACGGACAGAAUCAUGAUUUGGGUUUGGGACAUAGCUACACUUAAUGCAGAAUAAAGUUUGCUAUGUAUCUUGGAA